AUUCUCACCCGAAGCAAGCUUCGCCACACGGAGGCUCGAUGGGAACUCCUUAAAUGGCAUGGCCUUCCUCCACCUCCCGGCUAGUAACUUGGGGGCCAGGGAAUCCAUAUCGGUAGAUUCCCCGAAUGAGAAUCUCCCGCUGGUGGUGUUCUUUUCUCCCUUGAGGUACAGCCGUUUCCCUGACAUUAGUUUGAAUGGAGAGUUCACUUGCAGCUGGCCGUCCACACCGGUCUUAUCAUGGGGCCAGUCUUGACCGGUCAUGACUGUGAAGUCAACGCUAGAAGUGA